AAGUAGUACAACUUUCAACUUUGGAAGAAGUUGUGCUCCUUCUGUUGAAAGUUCGCCAGCAGAACCGUAAAAGACUUUGGGAUAACCAUGGACCAGCACAGGCUGCAGCAAGAAAUGGCAAACGCCCUAGACGCGGAGGUGAGCCUGUCCCCACAACUGAGGCCCAGGAGUCGCCAGAAGCUGAUCCCGUGGCUCCGUGACCGGGUGGACUCGGGAGAAGUGCCCGGGGUGAGCUGGCAGGACAGGGCGAAGACCAUCGUCAAGAUCCGGUGGGCCCGUAAGAGCCAACACGACUACGACGUGGACCAAGACGGGGCGAUCUUCAAGGCGUGGGCGGUCCACAGUGGAAGAUACACCGAAGGUGUUGACGCACCUGAUCCUUCAAGGUGGAAGACGAACUUCAGGUGCGCCAUGAACAAGUCUACUGAGGCCACGUACCUGCGAGACCAGAGCCAGGAGCAGGGAGACAACCCUUACCGUGUGUACCGUCUCUCCUCACCGUCCACAGAUGACGCUUAUCACAACCUGAACGGACACCAUGCGUCACCAAGUCUGGAUGAAGGAUGUGAGCUACUCAUCGAGCCGCAUUACGGAAACAACCGGCUCUUUCGUACCAAGCCGUCCCGCGGGUGCGUGCUCCAUCCUCCCAACUUCCAGAACGGGUUCCACGCCGUCGCCGAGCUGGUGGCGCUGCCGCAGUACACCGAGGGGAACGCCGUCAGGAAGGAGCAGUACACCAGGAUCUUCAGCCACCUCGACAGAGGUAUUGACUUCCGGGUGGUGAAUAACGACCUGUACGUGACCCGACACUGCCGUGUGCGGGUGUUCUGCCGCAUGGCCGGCGGGAGGGUCGUCACGCUGAGGAAGGCCGUCAGAACCAAGGUGUUCGACUACGCCACGUUCAUGCGGGGGCUGGAGGACUACGCGACCGGGAUGAGCCAGGAGCGCCCGGAGACCCAGGUGUUCCUGAACCUCGGGCAGAAGGACCCAGGCCCACCCAACACCCAGGCACUCAUCACCGUCAUCCUCCAUCACGUGACCGCAGAACAGCGCCUGCGCAUGGUGGACCCACGACCAAAUAUGGGCAUGAUUGGGUAAGGUAAAAGAUGUGCUCAGAGCAAGGAGGUUAAAAAAAUAUUGUAACUUACUUGGGCAAGAUUUUCAGCAACAAAAUGCAAGAUAAUAUGCAAAGUAUGUUUGCAUUGUUAUCUGGUUGCUAGAUUCAUUCUGCAGCAACAAAAAAUGCAAGUAAUGCAAAAUUAUGUUUGCAGUGCUAUUUGGUUUAUAUACACAUGUAUGUUUUAGGGCUCAUUGCAAUUGUGCCGCACAGUAUUUCAAUUUGCCUUUGUUCCAAAAUUCACCCCUAGACACCUUUUGGGAUCCUUUGGGGAUCUUAUGACUUAAAUGUCAUGUAAAGAAUAGCAUGGAAUACAUGCUCACGAGAAAGUGUAUGUACUAAGUACGAAAAAAAGAAAAGAAAAUCCUUUAAAAAUGGGGAGGGGGCAACCAGCAUUGUCAUAAUAGCCAUGGUAUCAUAACAACUUUCAUAAACUCACAAAACACCUGUGCCUUAAGGAAAUAUCAACUCAUAAUUGAAACCAGAUUUCAAGUCACAUUUAGAUUUUAUUGACAUGUAAGAGAUGCUUUUAUUACUUUUCAACUCCCAAUAACAGAACGAUUUCUACAUACAUGUGGACCCUAUUGACUUCCUCAUGUACCAAUGUAAAUGAUGUGAACUGGUUAAAUUUCAGGAAGAUCAACAGAAAGUUACAAUACUCUUCAUUAUUUACAGUAUACUAAACAUGUAACUGUUAUGUACUGAAGAAACAAAUUUCAAUAGACAGAUAUAUGAUACAUAGCCAGACUUUAAAAGUAUUGGACCAGACAUAUUUCAGAUUGCUGUGUCAAUUGAAUUGUAAUUAGCCAAGAAGAGUACUCAGGAGAAGUUAAUUUACAAGAUACACGUGGGUAGAGUUUGACGUUGAAGGAAAGGAUAUAUAGCUGAAGGCUUGAGAGUUGAAGACAUACGGAUAAAGGCGAGAGAGGGGAGUUUUGUUGGACAUUUUGGUGUUUCGGAUUUUCAAAAGCGUUUGACUCACAUGUCAAAGCUUAUGAAGAUUUUAAUGGGUUUGACUGACGAGGGUAUCGGAGGUAUACGAAUGUGUUGUUGUUGUGAAGGAUUUAGGACUGUAGUAAUAUUGAAAAAGUUGAAGGAGAGCUAAUGCGAUUGUUUUACAGUUGUUUGUAUAAGACAACUUUCAGUGAACAUAGACAGCAUGCCUGCCCACUUCCAUAGGUAUCUUGCAGGCAUCUGUAUUAUUGCCUAGAAUGUGGUGUUAAUACUAGUCAAUCUUGUUAUUGGUACUUGGCAUAUCUUAAUUUGUGAAGUGCCUCAAGGAAGUGUCAACCUUUCGUGUAUGUUGCAGAAGAACUGUAUUCAGGCAACCAUGUGGUGACACUGACUGUACUGCUUUGAUUUUGCCAGGAAUAAAAAGAGUAUGAUCAAAA